CGGGGUUCGGGUUCUACCCCUUUCGAACGUCGUAGGGACGCCGUUUAGUGAGCGCCGCGACGCCGAGACCAGCACAGCAGCGCCGCCUUCGACUGCUCUCGGUCCGGUACAGUAAAAUUUCCCUAUCGGAUUAUGUUGUGUAGGAAUCGGUGAUUCUUGAGGAAUAUCGAGUGUUAGCUAAAAUGGCGUUUUAUAUCAAACUAACCACGACUAAUUUACUCAUCGCAACCCUACUGAACUCUAUGGUAAUUACAGCCCAUAUCAAAAAAUCGCGACACCACAGGGACUCCGAGACGACGCUCCUGCCGGAAACCACACAUAUCACCUUAUUGGAAACAAAUCCCUGUUUGGUGCACUACUGCAGGAAGGGCAGGGAAUGCGUGCUGGAAGAGGGCGAACCGAAAUGCGUCUGCCAAAGACAGUGCCCCGUGCACGAGAAGCCCCUCUGCGCCACCGAUGGUCGCGUCUAUUCGAAUCACUGCGAGAUGCACCGAGCCGCCUGUCUUCUAUCCACCGUCAUCACGGCCACCAGGCGCUCCUUCUGCGAGAAACCAGGUAAAGGCCGACCUCCCAUAGCCUACUCCGACGAAAUUUCCACGACCGCCUUGACUUGGAGCGGCAAAAACUCCACCGAGCUCCAAGCAGAAGAGGUUCCCGAUGAAAGUACCUCGGAAACGACCACAGGAGGCUCCGAUUACUCGGACAACGAAGUGGGCGACUCCAGCGAUUUCUACACGGACAAAGAGGACUGCAGCAUGCAGGAGUACGAAGUGCUGAAGGACAAUUUACUGCUAUACAACCACGCCAGGUUGAUGUCCCAGAAUAAUCACAGCAAGGAUUACUUGGUCUCUAUUAUGUUUUCGCAUUACGACAGGAAUAACAAUGGCAACUUGGAAGCGACGGAAUUAAACGAGAUAUCGAUUCAAGAGCGACUCGACACGCUGAGCAAUGGUUGUUCAUUAGCGAAUAUGAUCGAGUACGAUGACACCGAUCACGACGGCAAAUUGAGCAUCAAUGAAUUCUACGUGGCCUUCAGCAAGCUCUACAGCGUUUACGUGGUAUCAUUGGACAAAGCCUUGGAAACGAGCCACCUGUGGGCGCGAGUGGGCGACAACGUCGAGAUCAAAUGCGACGUGACCGGCUCGCCGGUGCCGCCCAUCGUGUGGAAGCGCAACGACGUCGAUCUGGCGACGCUCAACGAGGAGGACGUGCGCGUGUUCGGCGACGGCAGCCUCUACAUGACCGGCAUCCAGCUACAGCACGCCGGGAACUACACCUGUCACGCGCAGCGCAACAAGGACAUCGUCCAGACGCACGUCCUCACCGUGCUCACGCUGCCCGAGGUGCACGUCACUCCCAGGCUGCAAUCGAAGCGACCCGGCGAGGAUGCUAUUAUGUAUUGCCACGUGGCCGGUGAGCCUUUUCCCAAGGUGGAGUGGUUGAAAAACGACGAGCAUUUGAAACUAGACGCUCCGAGAAAAUAUCAAAUAGUAGGAAACGGUACGUCGUUGAAAAUAAGAAACAUCGCAUUCGCCGAUACCGGAGCCUACAUGUGUCAAGCAACCAGCAUAGGCGGUAUAACGAGAGACAUCAGCUCGCUGGUGGUCCAAGAACAACCGACGCCCAGCUCGCCUAACGAGGAGCGCCGGUUUUUCGCGUUCCACGAUUGGGGCAUAUCCAUCUACGAGCCUUCGACGUGCAGGCUCUACCACCGCAUCCAAUCCACCGACAUCAUCCCCGGCACGCAGGAGUACGUGUGCGGCGGCAAAGGGACGAAAUGCGAUUGGGGCAGGGCGAUAAACGUGGCCAAUCGCUACGUGUACGCCAGCCAGCCGACGCGCGACCGCAUCUUGAUCAUCUCCAAGGUGCAAAUGGUGGUGGUGGACGUCGUCAGCACCGACAAGUACCCGGUGGGGUUGAGGUACGUGGCCCAUCUGGACCAGGUGUGGGUGCUCAAUUGGAGGUCCGCCAACGACACCGGCAUCAAAACCAUACAGGUGAUCAGGGACGCCGGCCAGAAGAGGAAACAUCACACGGUGCAUCCGGAACCGAUCGACGGGCAAUUCGAUCUGGUCACCGGAUUGUUCAUCCCGUCGCCGUUACAAGAAUUGUCCCACUACAGCUUCAAAUACGGCUACGUGACGCACACUAAUCAAAGGGGAUUGUACAAAUUGGAUUUGGUUAAUCUGAGAUACACCAGAUCGGUGGAUCUUACGCCCUACAAUUGCGUACCGACGCAAGUCAGAUUCUCGUCCUUGUAUGGCAUGGUGAUAAUGCAAUGCCUGGAACCGGUCACCAGCCGACCCACGGGGCAACUCAUCCUGGAUUAUUUAACCGAUAGCGUGAUAGGCGUGAAGCCCAAUCUACCGGGCGUGCCGUACAUCUCGCCCGAUUCCAGAAAACUGGUGACUCUGGAUAGAACUACCAACGGAGCGACGCUAAUAGUCCAGGAAAUUACAGCGAACGGGUUAAAUUUCAAUUUCGACGUGAAAACAACGUUGAAUAUAUCGGACAUAACGUUCUAUCCCAGCCAAUCUACGCACAGUUACGACAUUUACGCGUCGGCUCAAGAUAAAGAGGGUAUAUUAUUCUUGAAUUUACUCACAGGCAAGGUGGAAAUGAUUACCGGAGUGGGUAGAGCCGUUCCGGUACAGCUGACGAAAUGGAACAAUCCCAACAGACCCAUAAGAGGAUCAGGUUUAUUUGGGCAAUACAUGGUGACUCCUGCUAAUGAAGCGCUUUUCGUCCUGAACGGAAGGUCGAGGACUGUAAAUUGCGAAAUAGGAGCAGUUUCUCAUCCGAGUCAAGUCGUUUGGACUACGUUGAAAUUUCAUUAGAGGAUAAUUAGGUAUUAAUUUUUUGUCGUUUUUAAUUUGAAGGGAAACUUGCAUAAGGUUACUUACACCUUAGAAUUUUCAUUUUUGGAAAAUAAAUCUGGUUCACUGUGUAUAGUAGAUAAACAGGUUUUUUUAACAGUAGAAUGUACUUAGAUUAACUACCAUGAUAUUGGAUAAACACAUUUUUUUUCAUUUUAUUGAAAAUUUUUGAAGUUAAAUUCGCAUUGUAUCAACUCGGACAUUGACUGUACUUUGUUAAAUAUACCAAUAAUUAUAUCAUUAAAAAUAAAAUUACAUAGUGUCCAAAAUAAACAAACUCGUAGCGUUACAAUGAGAGUAUAUUUUAUAAAAAUCGUAGAAAAGCCCAGUUGGCCCAGGAUCACGUUUAUCAAUAUUUUGGGAUAUAAACGCAUUAAAAGUUAAGGGGUAGUUGGUUACAGGGUGGUUAUAAAAAGUACUUAACCAUAAUUAGUUUAAAUUUUUAUUAUUUAUUGUGUUAUAAUUUUAUAAUUACCCUGUAACGUAUUUUGUACCUAUAUAAUAUCCGAAAUGAGAAUCUAUUAUUUAAAAUAUUUUUAAGACAUACACGUUAUUUUUUAGUAAUUAUUAAAUGUAGUUUUGUGAUAAAAAUAUUUUAUAAGGGGGAUUUCGGUCCUUUUUAUCAAAACAACUGACAAUUUCGUCAGUUUUGCGCGUAUAAACGUUUGUAAAAUUUCGCGAUUUUACCAAAAAAAAAAUUAAUUUUUUACAAUUUUCCAAUCGCUUAUACUCGCACGUUAGAUAGAAUUUGUUGGUCGUAAAAGGGGUAGCUAGAAAGCUCAUUUUUAAUUUGUGAUAAAAAUAUAUUUUACAUAAAAAUUCUCGAUUGUCCUUUCACAUUUCAAAUCGACUUUACUAUUAGAAAAUUGAGUAUUUUUGUGUAUAGACUGGAUACUUAAAAAUCAAGGAAAUUCACCUUCUUUAUAAACGUUUCACAAAGCUUUCUACUAAAAAUUAACUUAAUUAUUUCAAUAUAAAAACAUAAAUGAUUGCUAAAAUUACAACGCAGUUCCUACGAUGAAAGUACAAUUUAUUAUAAAAUAGAGUCAAAAGUAAUGUACAGAAGUCUAUAUGCAAAAACUAAAAAUUUUGAAAUCUACCUUUGCAUUUUACCAUUUUCAAAAACCACACAUUUCUCAGCUACUCCUCGUUUGCUUUCUUCGUAUCCGUUGUUAUUGUUAUAUUGAUUACCUCAAGUUUCAGGGGCAAUACGCAAAUUUAAAUUAAUCAAAACUAUUACUAAAUAAAUCGCAAAAUUGGUAUAAAGACGCUUCAAUACACCACCAAAAUUUUUCUUUUAAUAAGAAAAAAUAAUUUAAGUGUUAUAUCGAAAUUUAAAUUGGACUAUUGCCUCGACAUUUCAUCAGCUUCUUACCUUAUAGCCUAUUAUAGCAUUUAAUGGUCGCCUUUAUAAAUACAUAAGCAUUCAGUGCUGUAUCACCAGAGAAGCUUAUUGUAUAUUUAAUAAAAAAAAUAAUAAGAAUACUAAUAAGAUAUGACUUUUAGGUAUUAA